AUUAUUUUGGGCGCUAACACAAAUUAACUGUUGACUAACUUUCUGCCAGGAACACAUAUUAUACAAGGGUGUUCGAAAACCCCUCCCCUGACACCCUUUUUUGUGCAAAGCUGGGUUCCUUGCCACCCUUUUUGAUAUUAUGAUACACCUGUCCCUCGAUGCUCCUCCCCCGCUUUUUUCUUACUCGCUGCCGCUCAAGCAUCGCACCUGUUCCCUCCUCCUUCGAGACCCGCAUUCCCAUUUCUCUUCCUUGUUAUUUGUUGGGGGCAUCGUCUUUCAGUUCAUUGACAUUUUCUAGUAAAGAGAACACUCUUACCUUCGACAAAAAUACUUUCCUUAAAGCUCUGGGGGCACCUCCUAUCAUGGCUACUACUAAAACCGGUGCCCCACUUGAUCGUGGAACCCUCGACACCCUCCUUCGUAGAAGGCUCUUCUACACUCCAGCUUUCGAGCUUUAUGGUGGUGUGUCUGGUCUUUAUGAUUACGGUCCGCCUGGGUGUUCCCUUCAGGCCAAUAUUGUAGAUGCAUGGAGGAAGCACUUUGUCCAUGAAGAGGAUAUGUUGGAGGUAGACUGUACUAUGCUGACCCCAAACGACGUUUUAAAGACUUCCGGGCAUGUGGAUAAAUUUGCGGAUUGGAUGUGCAAAGACCCGAAAACCGGCGAGAUUUUCAGGGCCGACCAUAUCAUUGAGGAAAUCCUAGAGGCUCGGCUUAAAGGUGAUAAGGAAGCGAGAGGAGAGAGAAUUGUGGAGGAAGGAGAAGACGCCGAUAAGAAGAAACGAAAGAAGAAGUUGAAGGAUAUUAAGGCUAUCAAGCUUGAUGAAAAGGUUAUCCAGGAAUACGAAGGAGUACUUGCAAAGAUUAGUGACUGCAGCGGCGAAGAGCUUGGAAAGCUUAUUGUCGACUAUGGAAUUACGAGUCCUACCACUGGCAAUCCGCUUGAGCCGCCAGUUUCUUUUAAUUUGAUGUUUCAGACGUCAAUUGGCCCCAGCGCAAAUCUUCCAGGAUACCUCCGUCCAGAAACCGCCCAGGGCCAAUUUUUGACAUUCAACAAGUUAUAUGAGUUCAACAACCUGCGCAUGCCUUUUGCUUCGGCCUCGAUAGGAAAGUCAUUUCGUAACGAGAUUUCUCCCCGUUCUGGACUGCUUCGUACAACUAUUGUUGAAAAGACUAUCGGUGAAGCCGUUAAAGAAGGGAUUGUGGAUAAUGAGACCCUGGGUUAUUUCCUGGCCAGAAUUCACCUUUUCCUGAAGGAGCUUGGUGUAGAUCAGGAGAAGGUUCGCUUUAGACAACAUAUGCCUAAUGAGAUGGCUCAUUAUGCUGCGGAUUGUUGGGAUGCUGAAUUGUUUACUUCUUAUGGAUGGAUUGAAUGCGUUGGCUGUGCGGAUAGAUCAGCCUACGAUCUUACCGUUCACUCUAGCAGAACUGGGGAGCAGCUUGUAGUCAGAGAAACCCUCGAGCCUCCAAAGGUCUGGGAGGAAUGGGAUAUGGACGUUGAUAAGAAGUGGCUUGGGCCUAAAUUUCGAAAGGAUGCUAAGAAAAUAGAGGAAGCUGUCGCGAGAAUUUCACAGGGGGCUCGUGAGAAGCUUGCUUCUGUUCAAAAAGAUGGUGGAAAGGUGUUUAUUGAAGUUGAAGGUCUUGGUUCAGUAGAACUAGAAAAGGUUACCAUUGCGAAGAACAAGAAGGCUGUAAACAUCCGGGAAUACACACCUAAUGUUAUCGAGCCAUCAUUCGGUAUUGGCCGUAUCUUCUACUCUCUUAUUGAGCAUAUCUAUUGGUCACGUCCUGGCGAUGAAGCUCGUGGUGUUUUGUCUUUCCCUCCAAAGAUUGCACCGACCAAAAUCCUCAUCGUCCCUCUUUCUGGCCAUUCAGAUUUUGCUCCUAUCGUCACCGCGCUCUCCGCUAAGAUCCGCCGGGCUGGAAUUUCAAAUAGAGUGGACAACUCCUCUGCAACCAUCGGAAAGCGCUAUGCUCGCAAUGAUGAGUUGGGAACUCCUUUUGGUGUUACAGUCGAUUUCCAGUCCCUCAAGGACGGCACUAUCACUUUGCGUGAGCGUGAUGGGAUGAAGCAGGUUCGUGGGACACAAGAUGAGGUCAUUGAAACAGUUAGCCAGAUCUUGGAUGGUGACAUUACUUUCGAUGAUGCAUUGGCCAAGUUUGGAGAGUUCCAGGGGCAGGAACUUGACGAAUAGAAUCUUGUUUUUCUCAUUUAUGUUUUCGGCUUCCUGUAGAUAAUAGGAGAGGAUGCGGGACCCUGCUCCUGUAUUUCGAUAGCUUUUGUAUCUUGGCUCAGAUGUUUUACCGGUUCUGUGCUAUAGAUGGAGACAAUCAUAGAAUUACCGACUUCCAUCACCA